GCUUCAACGAACAUCAAUUUCACCGACAACUCACCUCCACAUCUACUUCCUUGCUCCCAUUGUGCGUGUUACUCAUAACAAGGCUCAAUUCACUAUUCCACCAUGUCUUCAGGCCUCAUGGACACCGAAAAGGGCGGCGAGCAGACCCAGUACGAAGCCGAGCACACAGACAUGCUCCCGCACAAGCAAGAAGCCGGCCAACUGGGCGCUUCGGCAGUCCAAGGCGCAAGCACCGAGCAGCCCACACAGACCGACACCAGCAAGACCAACGAACCCAACACGCAGGGCAUCACACCGGCGGAUAAAAUUCGAUACGGUCAGAGUAUUCAGGAGGGUGGUAUGGGCGGCAAGACGAACACGACAAGUGGUGAGGUGGAUAAGCCGACGAGUGAGGAUGGGGCGGCGAAGGAGAGGAGGGAGCAGGGGUAUGGAGGUGGAAAGGAUAUGGAUCGGACUAUUGGUGCUUGAGUGGUGGAGGAUGGUAACCAGUUACUGCGUUCACAAUGCGAGAG